GCCGAUUUCGGCCGACGAUCGGAAGGUAGAGUGCCGCGGAGUCGACGGGCCGCACGGGUCGCCCGUAAAUAUUCCUUCGGUGCACUGUGACCUCCCCUCGGAUUUAAGGGCGGAUAAAAAAGGCAUUCUUUUAACGCUCAAGUAGCAGCGUGGCCGAAGAUGGUCGGUGGAGUGACGGAGGGUGGACCCCUCAUUCGACCUGUCGAGCCUGUCUCGACGGCGACGCUGGUGACGCUAUGUCUCGGCGCCGCUUUCUUAUUAUGCGCCGUCGCGAUGACCUGGUGGCUCUGCCGACGGCGCCGCGAACACACCAAGCUAAGCUCCGACAAGUCCCUGGCGUUCAGACCGCCGCACCGGAAACCGACGGCGGUUAAGAGUCCCGGUAGCACGAGUCACUACUUGAAAAAGAGUCCAUCGCCGACGGGACCGGCCAAGAGUCCGCCCGGCUCCGGCGGACAAACGCCGAGCCCGACCGGAUCUCAGUCCUCGAAUGCCGCAUCUCAGCCCAGAACGCCGCAGGGCGCAGGUACGCCGGUACAGACGCCUCCCGUCGAAGUUACUGUAAGUAUAGAAAAUGAGCGCGACAAGGCUGAGCUGGAAAAUAAUGAAAAGGUUGAGCGCGAUAAGAAUCAAACGGCGGAGAAUAACAAGGAUAAUUUGGGCCAGCUGUUUUUCAAGCUGCGAUAUCGAAGCGAACAGAACACGCUGGCGGUGACGGUGGUGAAAUGCAAAGGGUUGCCCGCCAGGGGCCAGCAGAACGCGACCAGCGAUCCUUAUGUGAAGCUGCAAUUGCUGCCCGACAAACAGCAUCAUGUAAAAACUAGAGUCCUCAGAAACACUAGAGAUCCGGUGUACGAUGAGGAUUUUACGUUUUUCGGCAUAUCACAGAGUCAACUUCAGAAAAUUAGCUUACACUUCAUCGUGUUGAGUUUCGACAGAUAUUCUCGCGACGAUAUUAUCGGAGAACUGACAUGUGCUUUAUCAUCAGUGCCCGGUUUAGAAGACGCGGAUAAUCAGGAGAUAUCUCUCUGUCGAAAAAUAUACCCUAGAAGUUUGAAGAUACAGUCGCAAGGAAGAGGAGAAUUGCUGGUAUCGCUUUGCUGGCAACCAGUCACAAGCCGCCUGACAGUGGUGGUAUUAAAAGCGCGAAAUCUGCCCAAGAUGGACGUGACUGGACUCGCUGAUCCGUACGUGAAGAUUUAUCUUCUAUACAAUCAGCAACGUAUCGCCAAGAAGAAGACGCACGUGAAGAAACGCACGCUCAGUCCGGUGUUCAAUGAGUCCUUCGUUUUCGAUAUACCGAACGGCGCGGACGGGCUCAACAACGUCAGCCUCGAGUUCAUGCUACUGGACUGGGAUCGAGUUACGAAAAACGAGGUAAUUGGCCGGCUAGAAUUUGGUGGACCAAAAUGUCAAGGUUCCGCUGUGAACCAUUGGAAGGAGGUAUGCAGCUCACCGCGACGACAGAUAGCCGAUUGGCACAAACUGCGGGAGUAACUGGCUUCUCUCCUGGCCCUAUAUACGUAUCGAGCUCGAGCUCUCACAUCUCCGAUUUCCCUAGAACCUCCAUAUCCUUCGCUAUGAAAUCACUGAUCCGACCCCUUGAAACCCUACAAGAUAAGGUAGGGGUGUCUGUUUUUGUAAACCUAAUACUCAAUGUAUAUUAGGCUUGAAAUGAAUAGCUCGUCCACCCAUAAUCGCUGUCAUCGGGAGAGAUUUUUGAAUCCGUAAAUGAAAAUGGUAUAAUCACAAUGUUUAUAGUAGAUAGAUUUGAAAAAGUUAAAACACACGAUAUCUCCCUUCAUUAAAGAUCAUAAUUAAAAUAUAAAAAAUUUUACGAACCACCUUUUGUUUACACACACGAAGGAUCUCAGAGAUUAAUAUCAGUAUUAAUAUCAAAUAUCUAAAAAUUUAAAUAUCAAUUUAAAAUAAAAAUAUUUUUUAUAUUUAUAUUAUUUAAAUAUUGUUUGAAAAUUAAAUAUCGAAAAAUUUAAAGAAAUAUUAUUUAACUCUAAAAUUUUUUUAUAUGUUCCGUUGAUGUAAUUAUAUAUAUUACGAGCGAUUACGGGAUGACGGCUUCCGCAGAAUGCUUUACAAUAUAAACAUAGACAUUAAGAUUCCCGACCAGUUGAUUAACGAGACUAUGGAAAAGAAAUGUUGAUACGUGCGAAGCGGUCGACCUUUCGAUUCCUAAAUAUUGUGUCAUAUAGGUAAAUAUGAAGCAAAUAAAUCCUUCUACAGCGAAUUCGAGUGGAAUACACAUUAGUGUAUAUUUAAAAAAAAAAAAUAGUCUUGCACAGAGUGACGUAAAAAUGUGACUAUAGCGUAAAAUCGAUUCGCUAACGAAAUGCUCAGAAUUUGCGCUUGAUUAUUUCAAUGACGCUUUCAUGCAAUGCUUCUGCAUCAUGAUAAAUUUUGUGUAACAAUGGCUUUAAAAAUGUACACCGGUGAGCGCAUUUGACCGAAUUCGCUAUUAAUUUGCUCCAUUUUAUUUACAUGAUUAAUGGUAUUUCAAGACCGCAGAGCGACGUAUCACGUUAAGGACACAGUGUAUAUUUUACGCAGCAUUUUGGCGUAACCGUAAUUUCUUUCGGUCCUAAAAGAGAAUAAUGAAAGAGGCCUCCCUCUUCCGCUCCACAUUUGCAAGGCUAGAAAGAAAAUUUGAAUUUAAAUAAAGAUCUGUACAUUUUAACUUGUAUAGACGUUUAUGUGCGCACGCAAAAGUGAAAUUAUAUUUUUGAUUAAUAUAAUUAUAUUGUCUUUCUUUCUCUUUGUGUAUUGCUAAUAUUACGAGUCCUUGAAACACAUUAUUUAUCCACAUUUAAGAGAGUUCAUACACUUAAAGCGACGAAAAUAAUGGUUUUUCUUAAUUAUUUUUUCCUGAUAACACGUUAUUUUAAAAUAAGAUUCUUUUUAUUUAAAAGCAUAUAUAUUCUAAAUUAUAUGUAUUCUUGACGUUCUUUAUUAAAAAGGAAUUAAAUCAUAUCUCUGUUAUUUCAACAAAUUCCACAACUUAAAAUUUUGAGAAUAUUUUUAAAACAUCAAAAAUGAAAAAAAAAUAUAUAUAUAAAACGCCAAGAAUCGAUUUAUCAACCUGCCUAGGCGUACCUCCAUAAUAUAGUAUAAAAAAGUUACGCCACUAUACUUUCAAAACACUACGUUAAAGUUGUGUUUAUCUUGUUAAAUGCAAACUGCGAGUGAAUACGUCAUUAUCUCGGACUAAUUGGCAAAAGUUCAUAUUUUCACCGAAUCUAUCGCUAAAUACGACAGUCAGAUUUUAACUUUUUGCUUACAUUAAACGUAGAAAGUUUCCGCAUAUGCGUGAUACAAUAUUACAAAAGAACACUUGAAGAUUGAAUUCUUUUAUUCAUAAUCGUUUUUCUAUUAAUAAUUUAUAAUAAAGCGAAAUAAACGAACACUGUUGGAAAAUUUGGCUUAAACUUAACAUAUAUUACAUGUCCCAAACAGUUUAUACAAAUUUUUGUGUUAAUUUAUAAUAUGAAUAUGUUAAUUGGUGACACUAAUACUAUGUUAAUAUAUUUUAACAUAAAAUGAAUGCAAAUUUCAUAAUAAUAUGAAAUAAAUUUUGUGUAAAAUCAACAUAUUUUAAUGAUAAAAAUAACUUAAAAAAAUGACUAUCUAUAGUCACUCUCAUUCCUAUUAUAGAAUAAAACCAACAUUUUUUUCAAAAUUUAAAUUUAAAUUAAAUGUAAAUUUUAACAGAUAAAUCUUGUUAAUAAUAUGGUAAUAAUACAGAAUAUAAUUAUUAUAUAAAAUUAAAAAUAAAAUAUGUGCAUAUUGUGUUAGUUUUACACAUUUUUUUAAUUGUUUUAAUAAUUUAACAUUUGAAUUUAAUUAACACAACAGCAAUAUGUUAAAUUAAUAUAUAAAUGUAUUAAAUAUUUAACACAAAUAAAAUUUUAAUCGGCAUAUUUUUGAACAAGAAAACAAAUUUUCCAACUGUAAAUAAGUGUGUGCGUUUCAUCAUGUAACAACAAGUCUGUCGCAACAAGCCUUGGAUUUUAAGUUACUUUGUUCAUAAUCGCCUUUUCUUGCGACGAAACGAUAAUAAACGAGAAUCGAAUACUUUUUGCUUUUAAGAGUAGCUGGACUACGAAUAUAGUCUCAGCUCGCAUCGCGAUUGUACAUAUAUAUUGUAUAACGAAACGCGAAAAAUGAUGAAUUGACGGCGAGGGAAAAUUUAAUGUAAACAUGGAAUCAUUAAUGUCUUAGUAUGUAAAUUUAUGCGCGGAAUAUAUAUGUACUCUCCGUAUAUACAUAUGCCCCAAUAUGUAAAUUUAUAUCUUUAGACAUUAAUGAUCCCGUGCAUACGUCGUAUGUAUAUGUUGCGAAAAAUAACGAGAUCGAUUUUUUAAAACACAAUGUCGACAACACAUCGGGAGCAUCAAAACCGCAGUUCAAUUUAAAAACUUUAGAAUAUUACAAAUGUAAUGAAAUUACGUACGAUUUAAAAUAUUCAAUGUGCGUGUAUCGAAUCAUUGAAUCAAUCAAAUCGUACUUAAUUUAAUUGCAUUGAUAAGAUUCCAAAAUUUAAAUUAAACCACUAUUUCGAUAUUCGAUGUUGGUCUUUCAAAAAAUUAGUCAUCACUUUUAUGAUCAGCUUCGUUAUAUAUCGGAAGUAUAAGAUAGUUGGAGGACACACACUUCCUGCUCACCUCAAUAAUUUAAUAAGAGUUUUAAUUGCACACUGUAACAUUUUUAAAUUGACUUGUCAUUUAUUUGACACGUCAACGCAUAUAUUCUAUAUGUUUCUUAUGUUACUUCCUUUGCUAGUGUGCUACUAUAGAAAAAAUACAUAUAUAUAUAUAAGAUCGAUUUUUUUUAACAUUCAAAUCAACGCUCGCAGAUCGCAAGACAUGCGCGACACUCGAAGUAUUUCGAACAUGAAAGUCAAUAAUCAGCAACGCAUAAUUAACAAAUGCUUAUUUUUUUACCGCAAUUCACUCCUCCACGAUGCGAAAUUUAUUCAAUUUAAGAGGACAAGGAUAUUUUAUUCAGUUACAUGUAAAUAUAGGCGUAUAAUGUUUUAUCUUUUAAAAUAUUAAUAUAUAUAUCACGAUAAUUAGAUUAUUACGUGAUGUAGAUAUUGAUUUUUUCAUAAAUAGAUAUAACUUAAAAUAAUAUGUCAUACGUAUCUUAUAUUUAUUUCCUUUAUAUAUAUAUAUAUAUAUAUAUAUAUAUAUAUAUAUAUAUAUAUAUAUUUACAAUCUCAACUUUGAAAUUUAUAUACUUAUUUAUUUGUUUAUUUAACAGUCUUUACACAUAUAAAUAUACUUCUUAGAAUAAAAUAAUAUCUUUUUUUUCCCACACAUUAAAAACAAGUAUCAAAAGUUUUAUCAACAAGUUUCAAAAGUAAAUUUUAAUUCAUAAUGCUUCUAUAUUAAAAAAAAAAUCAAUAUUUAUUAUAAAUCUUAAUUAAAGACAACUAAUUAAUAAAAUAUUAAUUACUUUUAAAUUUCAUUAUUUAAAAACAGUAAAAUUAUAUUUUUUUCAUAUUACGAAAAGUAAUAUUUUUUGUCUCUUUUUUUUCAAGAAAUUCCAUGUAAAUAUAAUUUUUUUAGAUAAUUAAAAAGGAAAAGAAGAGAAUGCAAAAUAUUUCUACACGCAUACUUACAAUAUAAAAUAUCCUUUUCAUCCUCCAAAUUUGGAUAAGAUUCGCACUGUGUGCAUUGUACUAUCCAUUGUCCUUUCUUCGCAGCGACGAACGUAAGGACGGGAGGACCGUGAUGCGCGCGAAAAAAGAAAUGCGAAUAUCGUGUGUUACGAUCUUCACAAAAUCCGAAAGCGAAUAAUAAUAAAAAUAUCGCGAUCGAAAGUAUGACAGAAAAAGUCGCAAUAUAUCACACGAAGAGACUCAAGAGAUACACCGAAUAUGUUUUACAUACAUUUUAAGAUAGCGAACACGACACACGUCGUCGUCUUACACGGCGAUCCACUGAGAUAACAAAUGACAUUAUAUAUGAUCGAGAAUUUCAUGAUAUUUAUUUAAUUGCUAUAUAUAUAUAUAAUUAUAAAUACAACUACUUAUAUAUUAUAUAUACAGAGUGAGACGCUAGAAAACGCUUUCUAAGAUAUUUUCAUAUAUAUUCAGUUUAGACAAAAAGAUUUAAGACAAAAGUUAAAUUAUAUAUUUUGAAAAGACUACAUUUUGAUCUUAGUUUUUUUUUAGGUACAGGCAUCAAAAAAUUUUGAAGGUCAUCUCAAGUUUUUUUAAAUCCAAAACCUUUUUUUAAUCAACUAAUAUAUUUAUAGAGGAUAAAAAAAACGAAUUGAACGACCUAUGACAUUGAUUGUAAAGUGAUCUUGAAAUGACCUUGAGAAAAUUUGAAAUGACCUUCAAAACUUUUCACUUGUACCUAAAAAAAAUUAAGACAAAAAAAAUUGUAGCCCUUUCAGAAUAAUUUAAUUUUUGUCUUAAACCUUUUAAUCUAAAAUCAAUAUUUAGAAAGAUUAUCUUAGAAGAGAGUUUCUAGUGACUCGUCACCCUGUAUAUAAAAGAAACAAAUAUAAGUAUUAGUUUACGUAGCGAUACAACGCAUGUACAUCUGUCUGUCGUUCUCUCGUGAAAAUUACGAACGAUUUUAUACAAAAUCGUUCUCCAAACAUGAAAAAAUAUCGAUAUAUAUAUAUUAAUCUCCGAACUAAUCUCUUAAGAUCAAGGAUUGUGACUAAAGAAAGAUUGCUCGAGAUCGGCAGACACAUUGUAACAUAAUGACCGUCGGUAUGAAAUGCUCGAAAAUCAUCGUUUUUGUUAAUUCAUCAUUUAAUUAUUUCGAUUCUUUUUAUGUAUUCUCUCUCUCUCUUGCGUCUUCUUUUUGUUGUUAUAUAAUAAGUAAAUAAUUGUACAUUAUAAUAAAAAUAUUCUAAUUUUUUAAAGAUUGUAAUCGCGUAUGAUUUUGCUAAAAUCGCACGGACAACUUUUCACCUUACUAUCACAACAAAUCAGCUCGUCCCGCGAUAAUUAUUAUAAUUAAAUAAACAAUUUUACCAAAAUUAAACAGUUUAACAAAAUAUUAGAAUGAUCAAAACAAUAAAAAAAUAAAGCUAAAAAUUCAUAACAUAAUAUAUAUAUAUAUAUAUAUAUAUAUACUAAAUUAUUAUUUAAUAAAUCACACACACAUACACAUUUUAUGUAUGCACAUAUGUAUACGUCAAGGUUUCUUCUUUUCUCUCUCUUUAUUUUUUAUGUUACGUCGAAUUAAUAAAGUAUCGGUGCUUUUUAAGCAUUCAUGAAUAUUAUAUUAUAGGUUUAAAAAAUGCGGCGUACGCGCGAGAAAAUACUGUGCGUGAGCAAAUUUUAAGGCUGUGUGGUCAAUAAAAAACGCUAAAAUAAA